GGCCACGACGGCUACACCAAAGAUGGAACCGUCGAUCUCCAUGCUAAUCCAGUCCUCCGCUCCAAGACCGGCUGUUGGAAAGCUUGCUCCUUCAUCGUUGUAUAUGAAGUGUUCGAACGGAUGGCGUAUCAUGGAAUAUCGACAAAUCUAAUAUUAUACUUGACAAGGAAGCUGCAUCAAGGCACUGUAGCAUCGGCUAAUAAUGUCACCAAUUGGUCUGGAACUGUUUGGAUAAUGCCCAUCUUGGGAGCUUACAUUGCGGACGCUCAUCUCGGUCGGUAUCGGACCUUUAUGAUCGCCUCGACCAUAUGUCUAAUGGCAAUGGGACUUCUAACUUUAGUAGUGUCAAUACCGAGUUUAAAACCGCCACCAUGUUUAGAAGUCAACAAAGGAAACUGCAAGCAAGCCUCGAAACUCCAGCUUGCGGUUUUCUUCGGUGCACUCUACAUUCUAGCUCUUGGCACCGGCGGGACAAAGCCGAACAUCUCGACGAUCGGAGCCGACCAAUUCGACGAUUUCCAUCCAAAAGAGAAGGCACAAAAGCUGUCCUUCUUCAACUGGUGGAUGUUCAGUAUCUUCUUUGGCAGUCUAUUUGCCACCACCGGUGUGGUUUACAUUCAGGACAAUGUGGGGUGGAGCUUGGGCUAUGGCCUACCCACUAUUGGCCUUGCUGUUUCCAUUCUCAUAUUUGUGGCUGGCACUCCCUUUUACAGACACAGGCUCCCUAGAGGCAGCCCCUUCACUAGAAUGGCUAAUGUCAUUGUUGCUGCUGCUAGGAAUUGGAGGCUCCCUCUUCCUAAUGACCCAAAAGAACUUCAUGAGCUUGAUUUUGAAAAGUACUCCGUGGAACGAGCUUUUCGGAUCGACUCCACUUCAUCGUUGAGGUUCCUGAACAAGGCUGCUAUAAGAACAGGUUCAACUGAACCAUGGAAGCUAUGUUCACUAUGUUCAGUGACCCAAGUGGAAGAGACAAAGCAGAUACUGAAAAUGAUCCCAAUUCUUGUCUGCACGUUCAUUCCAAGCACUAUGUUGGCUCAAACGCACACCCUUUUCAUCAAGCAAGGCACCACUCUUGACAGAAGCGUAGGUAGCCACUUCCAAAUCCCUCCUGCCAGUUUAUCUGCCUUUGUCACCAUCUCCAUGCUCCUCAGUGUUGUCAUCUACGACAGAAUCUUCGUGAAGAUAAUGCAAAGAUUGACGAAAAACCCAAGAGGAAUCACACUGCUACAAAGAAUGGGAAUAGGAAUGAUUCUCCAUAUCAUGAUCAUGACUAUAGCAUCUCGGGUCGAACGGCGCAGACUUUACGUCGCAAGAGAGAACGGGUUGGUACAAAAUGGAGGAGAAAUCCCCUUAACAAUUUUCACUCUGCUGCCUCAGUUCAUGCUGAUGGGAACUGCUGAUGCAUUCAUACAAGUAGCAACGAUUGAGUUUUUCUAUGAUCAAGCACCAGAAAGCAUGAAGAGUUUAGGCACUUCAUAUUCAAUGACUUCACUUGGAGUUGGGAAUUUUCUAAGUAGUUUUCUGCUGUCAACAGUUUCUCAUAUCACCAAGAACAAUGGCAAUGGAUGGAUUCUGAACAACUUGAACGCUUCUCAUCUUGACUACUACUACGCCUUAAUUGCUGUGCUUAGUGCUAUCAAUUUCUUUGUGUUCUUGAUCGUUUCUAAACUGUAUGUGUAUAAGGCUGAAGUUUCUGGUUCCAUAAAUGUGCUUGCUGAUGCACUCAAGGAAAGGAAUUGAAUGCUUUGAGCCCUUCA